AUGAUUGCAAAUCCACUCCCCGUUGCUAUUCCAACCUCCUACGAAUCUCUCCCCCUUACCCAUGUCAAAGUCUCGCAUCAUCCGGCUGGCAGCCCCGAGGCUACGCCGGUGGUCGUGGUGACGCUGAACAGACCAGAAAAGCACAAUGCGUUCACGAUCGAGAUGAUGGACGACUUUGAACAGAUCUACCCCAUGUUCGACGUAGAUGAACGAGUGAAGGUCGUGGUGCUGACCGGCGCCGGGAAGAUAUUCUGCGCGGGCGCAGAUCUCGAGCGCGGAUUCAAGGGCGAGAAGGAGAGGGUUAUGGACCAUCGCGAUACAGGAGGCCGUCUCGCCCUAGCCAUCCAUCGAUGCCGAAAGCCUACCAUCGCAGCCAUGCAAGGCUCCGCUGUCGGACUCGGAAUGACGAUGACUCUUCCAGCAGCUAUCCGAAUUGCCUGCAAUAAGGCGAAAUAUGGAUUCGUGUUCCCGAGACGCGGUCUGACGAUGGAGUCGAGCUCCUCUUUCUUUCUGCCCCGGUUGAUCGGUUACUCUCAUGCGAUGUAUCUGGUCACUACCGGCGGAGUGUUCCCUCCGACCUCGCCGCAUUUCGGAUCCCUGUUUGCGGAAACCUACCCCGACGCUGGGCAGGUGGUCUCCAGGGCGUUGGAGCUGGCGACUGAAAUCGCGGAGAAUGUCAGUCCCAUGGCGUCUUAUCUCAGUCGGCAGCUGAUGUGGAGGGGUCCUGCGUCUGCCGAGGAGUCGCAUUUGGUCGAUUCAGCGGUCUUGUAUCAUAUGUUUAGUGGAAGGUUUGACUCUCGCCGUUGGCUAUUCGUGUUCCUGGUGUGGAAAUUGAAGAGCGAUACUGACUUCCGCAGGGACCAACAUGAAGGCGUUCAAGCGUUCUUCGAGAAACGCAAACCGGACUUCAAGGCCACGCUGGAGGAAGAUGCGCCGCCAAACUUUCCAUGGUGGACGGAGGUGGAUACCGGACGACGAGCCAAGGCACAGUCGAAAUUGUGAUUUUACUCCGGGGUUUAUGCGCACUCGUCGCGAGAACUGUUACGCGGAGUAUUGCUUCGUGUAUUAUUCGAUCGUGCUGUUUUUGUGGUUGAGAACAUGAGGUCGCACUCCAAAUGGAGCACCAAUCCUCUUUAGAUAAUGCAUAUGUUGAACAGGGGCUAGAUAUCAGAUGGCGGGUUGAGAUCACCUCAGUCGCCCAACCUUUGUGACAUAAACCGUUGAUAAGCUCAACAUCCUCAACUCGUACCGUCGCCACGGGCUACUCGUAUUCCAUGAUAACACCAUCGGAAUCGCAGAUAUCCUGAUUGUCGAUCCGUUGAUCGGUUCAACAUCCAAUACACAGCUCCAAAUCGACCCACGGGUUUACCCGAUCAGGAAACCCGGUCUGCAGUAUGAUGUCAAGCUCGAACAUCGGGGGUUCGCACUCAGCAGGAGUGAGUCCCCACUGGACGUAAACUGCAAUCUCUACUUGCUGGUCUUGCUAGCUCGACUAUCGUGAGGUUCACGGGAUUAGGCGGGGUUGGUUGAUCUUUGGCUCUUGGGUGUUUUUAAUCGCUGUCUCUC